CUAACAGGUUCCCAGGUGUGGCAGGUUAGGAACGCACGUAGAGACCCACCGCACCAGAGCCGCUGCCCGGAAGGAGGUUCUGGGUUCCAGGGCGGCGAGGCUGACACCGCUCACUCCUGGUGCUCCGACCUCUGUCCUCCCGUCAGUCCUCCCACCGAGGCUGCCAGGUGCUUCCCCCUCCGCAGCUCCUCCCCGCCGCCGCGCGGCGCGCUCCCGGGACCCCCACGAGCCAGGAGACCCGUGCCCGCCCUCCCCGGAGCAGAAGCCCGGGGAAGCGGGCGGCGGAGAACCGGGUUAUCUUCCCCGGCCCGGCUACCGCCCGGCCCCCGCCCUGAACGCGCGCCGCUGGCAGAGCCGGCCGCUCCGGAGGCGCGCGGCGGCGGGGGCGGUGCUCCCGGGGGCGCGGCGCACCUUGCUCCCGCGCCCCCGCCCCGCGCCGGCCCCUCCCCGCGGCCCGCGCCCCCGCCCGCCUGGGUCCGUUCCAGCCCCUUCUGCCGUUCCGGCCCGGCCGCUGUCCUCCGCCGGCCCGCGACGGAGGACGAUGGGUCAGCGCGGAAAAAGUGAAUGAGGGCCGCGGCGGCGGCAGCGAGCGCCUGACUCGCGGGGCCCGAGCGCCGCCCGCGCCCCGCCUCGCCCGCCGACUCCAUGGACGCGUCGCGAGCCUCGGCGGCCAAGCCCCCGACCGGGAGGAAGAUGAAGGCUCGCGCUCCCCCGCCUCCUGGGAAGCCUGCCACCCCCAACUUGCACAGCGGACAGAGAUCUCCUCGCAGAGCAUCCCCUGGGCCCCCACAGAACCAGCUCAGCAGGAAGCACUCGCUGGACGGCGGGGUGGUGGCCAUGACCGUCGUGCUGCCCAGCGGGCUGGAGAAGAGAAGUGUGGUCAACGGGAGCCACGCAAUGAUGGACCUACUGGUUGAACUUUGCCUUCAGAACCACCUGAAUCCUUCCAACCAUGCCCUGGAGAUCCGGUCUUCAGAAACCCAACAGCCUUUGAAUUUUAAGCCAAAUACUUUAGUUGGGACCUUGAAUGUGCACACCGUAUUUCUGAAAGAAAAAGUUCCUGAAGCGAAGGUUAAGCCUGUUCCCCCUAAGGUGCCUGAGAAAACGGUGCGUCUAGUGGUGAAUUACCUGCGCACGCAGAAGGCGGUGGUGCGCGUGAGCCCCGACGUGCCCCUGCAGAGCCUCCUCCCGGUCAUCUGCGCCAAGUGUGAGGUCAGCCCAGAGCACGUGGUGCUCCUCAGGGACAGCGUGGCCGGUGAGGAACUGGAGCUCUCCAAGUGCCUGAGCGAGCUGGGGAUACAGGAGCUGUACGCCUGGGACAACAAGCGAGUUCUUCUGACCAAAACGAAGUCGGAGCCUUCCCUGAGCUGUCGAGAAACCUUUAGAAAAUCUUCACUGAGCAACGAUGAGACAGACAAAGAGAAGAAAAAAUUUCUGGGAUUUUUCAAAGUUAAUAAAAGAAGCAAUAGUAAGGCCGAGCAGUUCGGGCAGCCUGGGGUGGACAGCCGUGAGGAUGCCUCCACGUCCACACUGGGGAGGAGUUCAAAUGGCUGCUUGACGACCCCGAACUCCCCGUGUGUGAAUCCACGUUCUGUUAUCCUGGGUCCAUCCCUCUCUCUUGGCAACAUCUCAGGGGUGUCAGUCAAGUCGGACCUGAAGAAGCGCCGGGCACCCCCUCCUCCAACACUGCCCCGCACAGGGCCACCUGUGCAAGACAAGACAUCAGAAAAGAUGUCUCUGGGGUCGCAGAUGGACUUACAGAAGAAGAAGAGGCGGGCGCCGGCUCCCCCUCCACCGCAGCCCCCACCACCCAGCCCGCUGGUGCCGCCCCGCACGGAGGGCAGGGAGGAGGGCAGAAAGGGCAGGACGGGUGUCGGCCGGCAGGUGCCACAGAAGCCCCCCCGAGGCGCCGCUCGGGGGCCCCCCCAGCUAGUGCUGCCCCCGCCCCCGCCCUACCCGCCUCCUGACGCGGACGCGGCCGAGCCUCCUCUCGGCGCUCCGGCAGAAGGCGCUGCUCCCGGGGAAGGCGGUGCGCCCGGGGAAGGCGCUGCUCCCGAGGCCUCCCGCCCAAGGCCCGCACCCGCACUGAGCCUGUCCACGGGGCCCGGCGAUCCCUGCAGCAUGGACGGCGCCCCCCCAGUGCCCCCGGAGGCCGAGGAGACCGUGUCUGUCGGCAGCUGCUUCGCCUCGGAGGACACCACAGAGGACUCAGGGGUGAUGAGCUCCCCGUCCGACAUCGUGUCCCUGGAUUCCCAGCACGACAGCACGAAAUCCAAGGACAAGUGGGGCACAGACCAGGAGGACUGCAGUGACCAGGAGCUGGCCGGGACUCCAGAGCCAGGCCCCCCGAAGAGCCCCGUGUGGGGCAGGAGCAGCUCCGAGAAGCGGCGUCUGAGAAACGGAAAAGCUGCUCCAGCCUCACAUGGGGAUGAGGAAAUAUUCAUGACUGGACAGUUCCAGAAAACCCUUGCAGAGCUGGACGAAGACCUGGAAGAAAUGGAAGAAAGCUACGAAGCUGACACAAGCUCGCUCAGCAACUCUGUACACGGCAUGUCCACCCCCCAUGGUGACUCUGAGGCAAUCCCGGUGACGUUCAUAGGGGAAGUUCUCGAUGACCCCGUGGACUCAGGCAUGUUUUCCAAUAGAAACAACAAUGCUGGCUCCUUCGACUUGGGGAGCACGGCCGACAGUAAGGCUCAGCCACCACCCUGCCAGGCCGAGUGCCCCCAGCAGCACAGGCAGAGGUGGGCAGCAGGGCCCAGCUCACCACCUCCUUCCCAGGAGCCUGAGAGAGAAGGCUCAGCCUUGACCAACACCUGGAAGGAGGUGGAUCCCAGUAAGAUGGAGCCCAAGGCGAGUUCUGCUUCAGCGCUUCACACUCACCACUUGAAUGGGAAGGAGGAAGGCAGGGCGCCUGGCCCUGCUCACAGCGGGAGGACCCCAGCCCCCGGGAGGGUGAUCCCGCAGCUGGGGAAGGAAAAGGCAAGUGAUGGUAAAAGUAAUAUCUCAACACUACCGCCAUGGCAUCAACGAGGCCAACUCCCAGCGGGGAGUUAUGGCCUUAGAUAUGGACUCACAACUUAUAAAAUUGUCCCUCCAAAGUCAGAGAUGAAAUGCUACGACCGGGGGGCAUCCCUCUCCAUGGGUGCCAUUAAGAUUGAUGAACUGGGGAACCUGGUGAGCCCCCACGCGCAUGCCGGCAGGACUGUAGUUCCCUCAUCACCCACUCUGGAGGCAGAAACCCCACCCAUUGGAAAAGUCAAAGAAUUCUGGAGAUCCAAUUCUAUAGAGAAGCACUCUGGCCGGCCCACGGAGGGGCCCAGGAGGACCCCCACCCCCACCACCCCCACGAAUCCGCAACCUCAGGAAAGCAGACUGAGAGGCGAGCCCACCUCCCCAGACCCCCAGGUAACAUUGCCCGGGCCCCAGUCCCCCCACUCAGAAGACGGGAGAGCUCUGGGGGAGGGGAGAAGCCGGCCACCCCCGGCAGCCGCUCGUCCCCUCCAAGUGCCAGCAGCUAGCACCGCGGAAGUCCCGUUUCUCAAACCUCAGAGGAGAACGUCCAGUCAGUACAUGGCCUCUGCUAUUGCCAAGCGGAUAGGGGCCCCGAAAGCCCACAGUGACAUGGGGAGGGGACAGAAUAACCCCCAGAGGACAUGUGAAGGCGCAGCACCAGAGCCGGCUGUAGCGCCUCCUGUGGUGAAGGAUGGUACCACCCCCGGCCCAAACCCAGGCACGGGUGUUCGCGGUGAGGGGCAGGAAUCUACCGCAGGACCCCCUCCUGGAUGGCAGGUCAGCAGCCCUUACGGGAAGCUGUCUGCUCAAGACUACCCUCCUGGCAUCCACGGAAAUCCCCGGGGGUCACUAGUCAGAGCUGCCCAAAGGGACCAGGCUGCUGUGGGGCAGAGCUGUGGUCUCAGUGGGGAGCGGAGCACAAGGACCCACAGGACCGACUCCACAUCCGACCCCCAGGGCAAGUCUGACGGCUUGAGCCCCUCACAGCCUCGCUCAGGAGGUGAUCAGACUUCCGGCAGUACCCUGGUGAACGGCUCCCGGUGGGCCCCCACCCACAGCGAGCCUCCUUGCUCUCCAAGAGUGUCAGAUACAAACGGCCGGGCUGGACAGGAGCCCCCACCACGGGAGGAAAAGCCCAGUUUGUUAAGCACAGGUGUACUUGAAGCUGAUGGUACUCUGCCAGCCAGCAUCUUCGGGCCAAAGAAGAAAUUCAGGCCUGUGGUCCAGAGGCCAGCUCCGAAAGACACAUCCCUGCACAGCGCCUUGAUGGAGGCCAUCCACUCGGCGGGAGGCAAGGACAGGCUCCGCAAGACUCCAGAACCCAGCUCAAAGGGAGGGCCAAAGAAACCGUCCUACACGGAGGCAGACUGUGAGCGUUCAGCCCUCCUGGCGGCCAUACGCGGCCACAGCGGGACCUGCAGCCUGAGGAAGGUCACGUCCUCUGCCUCUGAGGAGCUCCAGAGCCUCCGCGAUGCCGCGCUGUCUGCACAGGGGCCGGACUCCUCGCGGGUGGAAGACCUUGGGGUCCAGCCCCAGCUGCCCCCGCCCCCACCCGCUCCGGCUGCCCAGGCGCCCACCUCAUCCUGGUCAGCAUCGAGGUCUAGCGCGGGGCCGGUCAGCAACCCGGUGGACGCCAGACAGGCCUUGAUGGAUGCCAUCCGCUCCGGCACCGGAGCCGCGAGGCUGAGAAAGGUGCCCUUGCUUGUGUGAAUCAGUGACAAGAUGCAGUUGUGGCAGAAAGACCUCCCGAGGGAUGCCCACAGCCACGCUGAUGAGCGCCACGCCCGGGGGCUUCAGGAUCUGGCAGCUCCCGUCUCCAGGCCAAAACUCGCCUCUUUGACUUCCGCUCCUGCAUUGUGGUUAAAACGGAUGGGGAUGCUGCUCUGCCACACGGCUUGUGCCAAGCAAAUGUAUUUGCCUCUGAAUACUUAAAGUUGCCAAUAAACUAUUCUUGUUGGCAGGUUAAUGGGACUGUAAAUGCUGGGCCAUCACGCUUAAUUAUAUUGAUGGACAGAGUGGAAAGAAUCAUGCCUUAGGCCGAUUUUGGAUCUUUGAGACUUUUACCACAUGUAGAUGGUUAAAACCAUUUAGUUGUUGAAAAUCUUUCUGAAUUCUAAGGAAAGUAUGUACAUGAAAUAACCUGAAUGUCUUAUGCUACUUGAUGCAAGAAGAAAGAGUUGACAGGCUUUUUCAAAUGUGACUUCACUGAGUAAUGAAAGUAUUAUAUUCUUAUUCCUCCAACUGGGAUAAAAACCUCAUGAAGGGUUGCAGACCGUGAUCUGACCAAGUAAGCUAUUAAGAAUCAACCAGUCACGCGGAGUAGCAAUCAGACGUGAUGUCUGGGGAGGGCAGGUCUAAAUUCUCCCCAGGUGGCGGUGGCGAGUUCAGAAGGACUUUGCAGUGGACGCAUGCACACGUGGUACGCUGUCCCCACCGCGGGCUGUGAUGUGCCACAGGCCUCUCCCGUGGAAGGCUGAGCACAGAGCCCAGAGGUUGCCCUGGGAGCCUCGGAAGUCCUCCCCAGGGCAGGAAGGAGGAGACUGGGCGUCUGAAGGUCACUCCCAUCAGAUCACGACUGUGCUGGCAGUUCACGCGGUGGGCAUGGUCUCCCUGCUGGGUGCAGCAGGCGAGUGGCUCGCCCAGAAUCACAGACCAGGGCACUCAGUCUCCCGUGUUUAUCACAGACAGUCCACUACGGCUGUAGAGAAAGCUCUUUAAGAGAUUAAUAGAAAUCUAAAGGAAUUCCUGAAACAAAAUUUCUGUCUUAAGGAAACAACAAAUACACGAGAUCGUUUGUAUGUUUCACAGUGAUUUCAGAUCAGGCAUCUUGUAGGAAGGACUUGCUGUGUGUUGUCUGAUGAAUGCCCCUCACCUUUCCUGGGCAGCGAGGGCAUCAGGCAAUCACUCUUACAUCAUGCUGUCUCCACUGUUGGUCUUCUAGUGCCACAAAUAAAAGAAAGUGAAAUUGU